AUGCCCCGCUCAUUUUUGGUGAAGAAAAUCAAGCUUGAUGAUUUCUCUUCGUCCAAUGUGGCCACCUCCAACCAUCAUCACCACCACCUGGACGACUCCUUCACUUUUGCACGCUCCAUCACAGACUCGGUGACCAGCCUCGGUGUUCGCCUCAGUGAGAAUGGCUACAUCCAGGAUUACAUCACGCCAUCUGUAUACCAGGGGGAGAAGAAGAUGGAGCACAAGUUGGCGUCGCCGGUGUCCGACCCCCUGUACACGCCGCCGAGCAGCGGGGGGGAGUACUGCGACCCGGACCUGAAGCAGCCCGACAGCCCCCAGUCUGGCAUGACCGCCAGCGGCUUCUACAGUGGUGAAUCGGAGGCCCUGUCCGAGGGUUACACCAUGGAUGCCUUUUUCAUCUCCGACGGGCGCUCGAGGCGAAAGGGCGACACCGAGAGCCGCGGGGGGGGCUCCAGGAGCAGCAGCGCCAACGCCGGCGCUCCGGAGGGGGUCCCCGGCACGGCGCGCCAUUCCUGCAACGAGUGCGGCAAGACGUACGCCACCUCCUCCAACCUCAGCAGACACAAGCAGACGCACCGCAGCCUGGACAGCAAGAUGGCCCGCAAGUGUCCCACCUGCAACAAAGUCUACGUGUCCAUGCCGGCGUUGGCCAUGCACAUCCUCACCCACGACCUCAAGCACAAAUGCGACGUGUGCAGCAAAGCGUUCAGCCGGCCGUGGCUCCUGCAAGGUCACAUGCGCUCACACACGGGGGAGAAGCCCUUUGCCUGCGCCCACUGUGGCAAAGCCUUUGCCGACCGUUCAAACCUCCGCGCCCACAUGCAAACACACUCUGCCUUCAAGCACUACAGAUGCAAGCGCUGCAAUAAGACCUUCGCUCUCAAGUCCUACCUGAACAAGCACUACGAGUCGGCUUGCUUCAAGGGCUCUGCAGACGAGGACGACUCUGGAUCAGAAAUCUAA